GAUGGCGCCUCCACCUCCACCGCCACCACCACCACCUCCGCCUCUAGGAGAUAUCCCCGCUCCUCCAGCCCCUCCAGCACCACCUAGUGUCCCUGUCAGCACAGAGCAACAACCGCAGAACGCUCAACCACAACCUCAGGCCAAUUCCUCUGGAAAUAACGGAGAAAAAAUAUGGGAAAGACCAUGGACUAUACAAGAACUGCGGAAAGGAACGACAAAAUGGAACCUUGCUGCAGACGCGGGGCUGUUAUUAUACCUGCAACAGUUCUCACAGAAGAUGGUUUCACAAACUCAUGAAAUAGAAAAACAAGUUGAUGGUCUUGUAAAUAACACUAAGGGGGUACACUCCAAAGUCCAGAAUACAGUAAAUGAUUUUCUUAUGCUGUCUAAUGUACAGUUCAUUGAAAAUAGAGUUUAUGAAGAAGAUGUAUCUAAAGAAGAAGAGGAUAAAAAGGAAGAUGAAACUCAAACUAAGGAAAAAUCAAGAGAACAACAAGAAAAAGAUAUCAUUCCAAGAAUAACAGAGGCAUUGAAACAUGGCAUCAAUGUGUUGAAUGAUGCAUUUAUAACUAUUGAACUCAAAACUGAACAUGAUUCUGAUGAGGAUGAAGAUGAAAAUGUACAAACUAGAUAUAAUCCACAACCAAUAUUAGAACCUAAGGACAUGUAUUCUCAUCGUCCUUUACCUCAUCUCAUUGGUUCACGAGACUUCUACCAAGAUGAUCUUAUUGGGCUGGGAGAAUCAGAGUCUGAAGAAGAGGCUGCUGAUGAAGAAGAAGAAGAGAAAUCCAGUGAGUCUGAGAGUGAAUCUAAAUCAUCAGCUUCUGAGAGUGAAGAAUCAACCAGUGAGUCUUCAGCAAGUGAGUCAGAAAGUGAUUCAGAUGUACCCAGAGAAAAAAUCAAAACAUCCAAACCAAAGAAAAAGGAAAUUGAGUUUUCUAGUUCAGAAGACGAGGACUUGUUUGGUGAAAAGAAAACUAAAAAGCAGAAAGACUCAGAAUCAGAAUCAGAAGAAGGAGACGCAAGUGCUGAAAGUGAAGACGAGAAGCCACAAAAAAAGCCUCAAGCAUUAGGAUUUGCAGCAGAACUAGCAGCUAAAAUAGGAGUAGCCCCUCCCCCGCAACCAAAGGACAGUGACGAAGAAGACGAAGAGCAUGGUGCCUUCAGUGAUGAAGACACCCCAAAACCACCACAGAAAACUGCUGAAAAGAAAAGAUCAGACAGUCGUAGCAGCACUGCAAGCAAGACAAAAGACAAGAAGGACAAGCAUCAUAAGAAGGGACGCUCUGGGACAAAGGAUAGCCACAAAGGUAGAAAACGGCAUGACAGCAAGACAAGUAAAGUUAGUAAUAAUGAAGAAGACCUUUUCGGCCAGCCAAGUGUGGAAGAUGAUGGCUURUUUGGUUCAGAGGCAAGUCCUUUUACCAAGAAAGGAGGCUUGUUCAGUGGUGGAGGGGGUCUGUUUGAUGAUGAUGCAUCUAAGGAUGGUGACCUGUUUGGUGAUGAGAAAAAGGAGACUCCCAGUAUAAAAGAACCUUCUGAUCACGAGGAAGAGGAAGAAGAAGUGGUCAGUGUUAUCAAGCCAAGAGCUAGGAGUACAGCUAGUGGAAAGAAGCUACCUGCAGGGGCUGUGUCAAUAUUUGGAGACGGACUUCUUUCUUCUUCACUGACAAGUCAGUCUUCAAUACCUGAUGACAAGCCAACAAUAAAAGCAGCCAAGCAAGAAUUAGGAGGAGGAGGGGGGCUGUUUGAUGAGGAUGAAGAUGAAGGUUUGUUUGGUGGCAAUAAGAAAUCAGAAGAACCAUCCAAGCCUGUUACCAAAAAACCCUCCAAGACAGUUGACUUGUUUGGUGGAGAUGAUGAAGAGGAAGAUGAAGGUGAUGGUUUGUUCUCUAGCAAGCCAGCCGCACAAGCUCCCAAAAAGAAGAUUCCAGCAGGAGCUGUGUCAAUGUUUGGAGGCCAGACGCCACCUCUUGGCAAGGUUCAACCCUCGCCCAAGCCUCCCCCUGAACAACAAGCUUCCAAACCCAAAUCAGGAGGGGGAUUGUUUAGUGAUGAGGAUGAAGCAGAACCUGAAGGACUAUUUUCCCCUAGUGCAUCCAAACCACAGCCUUCUAAUACAGAACCACAAACUAGACCCAAGAGUAAAACUACUAUUAGUUUGUUUGAUGAUGAUGAACAAGAUGAGGAUGAUGACUUUUUUGCUGCUCCUAAACCAAGUGCUGCACCAAAGAGUACCCCAAAUGCUGCUAUAGUUGAGAAAUCUAAGAAGCCAGCAGCCAAAGUUUCAGGAGGAUUAUUCGAUAAUGAUGAAGAUGAAGAUGAGGCUGCUUCGUUUGAAUCACCUGCCCCCUCACGUAAACCACCACCAUUAAGUAAUGGCGCACCCAAGCAAGAAACCAAGACAACCAAACCCAAGAGCAGUAAGAUGCCAUCGCUGUUCUCAGAUGAAGAAGAUGACGCUGGCAUGUUUGGUGGUACUGGUGACGAUAUAUUUGAAGCUGCUUCUCCUCCGAAGGCCAAAGAACCAGCUUUAUCGGCGAAAAAGGCACCAUCUUCCAACCAAAAACCUAGUCUGUUCAGUGAUGGUGAAGAUGACCUCUUUAGCAGCCAACCCACAGAGAAACCAAAGCCAAAACCAGAAGAAAAGAAGAAAGAACAGGCACCCGCCAGUAAACCACCAUCCACAAAGAAACCAAGUUUGUUCAGUGAUGAGGAAGAUGAUUUAUUCGGGGGUGGUACAGCAACUGACAAACCGAAAGUUGAAGAAAAGAAGGAAGAAGUAGCAGAAGAACAGAACAAGAAACCAUGGAAACCAGUAGGUGGGGUGUCUUUGUUUGGUGGAGUGGAUCUCUUUGCCGGCAAAAAGCCGUCAUUUACAGAAGAUGAAGAAAACGUGAAGGAGAGUGAACCUAUACAGCACCCCGUCAAACAAGUGAAGAUACCAGAGCCCAAAGCCAAGACUUCUCCGCCAUUGGUAGACAAUGACAGUGAUGACGAUGGCUUCUUCAGUAAACCCCAGCCGCCACCAUUACCUACCAGUCCCUCUCCACCAACAGUAAAAGAGAAACCUGGACCGAGCUUAUUUAGUGAUGAUGAUGAAGACCUAUUCUCAGGGUCCAAACCAACGCCUUCUAUUGCUGCAAAACCAACAGCAGAAGAGCCACCUCGGGUAGAGAAACCCGCAGUCACUGAGAAGCCCAAACCAAAAAAGCCUGUUGGUGCUGUUUCUAUGUUUGGUGGUGUUGAUCCGUUUGGUGGGUCUGCAGACACGGAGAAGAAAAGUAGUGAGACGGCACCGAAAACGAAAGAUCCACUUGGAAUGUUUGACGACAACGAAGAAGAAGAUUUGUUCUCCUCGAAACCAAAGCAGACAUCACCUCCAUUAUCUUCGCCCAAGGCAACCCCUCCCGUAUCGCAAUCUAAGGCUGGUUCAAGUAUAGAGAAACUCCAGAAAUCCCUGGCCUUCAACCCUGCCAUGUUGAGGCCAGGCGGACCUCCACCAAGGAAAGAAGCCUCGGAAAAGGCVUCAUUUGAGGAGCCUCCCGUUGCUAAAACCUUAGAAAACGUUGGRAAGGAGCGUGCGAGAGUACAAGUUAAACGGCGACCACCAACACGUCAAGCUCGGCGUGCUGCAGCUUCAGCAAGCGCCAGCGAUGAGACAUUAUUCGGGUCAGCGAUAGGUGGAGAAUCAGCCCCAGUUCCCCAGCCUGCCAUCACGUCCAUGGAUGAUAGUUUUGUGACUAAAAUUCAAGUUGAUGCGUUUCCAGAUCUCCCGGAUGUUGAAGGUAUGCAUCGAAAAGAGACGAAAGAUUCCGACAUGAGUGACGAAUUUUUCGGCUUUGCAAGUUCAAAAUCUACCAGAGAGGAAAGUGUUCCUAAGCAAAAAUCGUCCGACUCGCUUUUCUCAUCAAAYACAGGAAAGACAAGUCUCGUUAACRACAACGAGGACUUGUUUGGCCCACUGGGGGGCGAAACUGAUCAGAUAAAACCAUCUAAAAAACCGUCUGAUGACAGGGACGUUAAAAAGAAACUAUUAAAUAACACAGCAGAGGAUGAUUUUGAUUUAUUUGCUGGUGCAUCGAAAAAGCCGGAGACUGCAGCAGCACCAAAAGCUACCGUGGACUCAAAACCYAUAGAGAAUGUAAAAACCCCUGUAGUCGAAGACAAGAGUAAAAAGUCCUUGUUUGWUAAUGCAGAGGAUGAUUUGUUCGGGACUGGUUUGUCGGCUACUAAGAAGAAAGUACGGUCACCUCUGGAUGAUGACGAUUUGUUCUCACCAAACAAAAGUAAAGUAGAAAAACCCGAGAAAAAAGAAGAAAAAAAGAAGACCUCUCCUGCACUUGAUGACGAGAGUCUGUUUAGUUCAGGAGCUACGGAAAAAGUCCAAACAAAAACACCUCUAGAUGAUGAUGAUUUAUUUUCUUCCUCAACCGCUAAAGAACAAAUACCUAAAGAAACUCAACACACAAAAACUAAGGAAAAGCCUAGUGCUUCGCCGUUAGGCGAGGACGACUUAAUUGGGGGCCCUGUGGUGAAGAGCGGUGAAGACAAAGAAAAGACUAAAGAGACAAAAAAGAAAGAGGUUGAAGAAGCACCGCCCACUAACAGCAAGAAAAUCCUGGAYGAUGAUGAUGAUGACUUAUUCACCGUUACGAGAAAACCGAGGAAGGCCGUCAAACCGCUGGGAGAUGAUGAUUUGUUUGGAGACUCUGGUGACAUAUUCGCUGAUGUUCCAAUUAAACCAAGAGAAAAGAAGAAAAAGAAAUCAGCCGGAGUUGCUGCUGCUGCUGCUGCUGCUGCUGCUGCUGCUGCGACUGGAGAUUCCAUAUUCGACGAUAAGCCCAGCGAGAAAACAACCAAGAAAACAAAAACCAAAAAGAAAACAGGGGAGAAAAAAGCUGCUAAAGCUCCCUCAAUAUUCGAUGACGAUGCACCGAAUAUCUUUGACGAUCCACUGAAUGCAACGUCCACUAAAUGAUCUCGUGUACUUAUAUCAAUAGAGAUUCUGCAGUUUAUUACGGGGUAGGUCUACCGUCUUUUGCGCUGUAUGACUAAAGUCCCUGCUUAGGUGAAUUUCUCGAAUUGGGGGGAGGAGGGGCGGGAGAUUUAUAAAAACUAAAUACGCGAUAGAUCCCAUUCAAAAUUAUCUUUGAUUCGAGGCCAACACGAAACUAAAGAAGAGGCGGCACAAAUUCUAUCGAGAAAAAUUGGGUCUCUUUUAUGUUAACCUCUCAUCCAAAAUAAUUUGAAAUGAAAAGAGUCAAUAGAAGCUUAGAAAACAUUUUUGGCCUUGUACAGAACUUUUACCACUGGUGGGAGGGGGAAUAAAUGCGCAGAAUUUAAAAUGAAGGAUAUUUGUAACAGGUUGUUUCAUAAUGCGAAACGUACCUAGAAUCAGUGUUAUAACUUUGUCUACUCAUACGGUAUUGGAUCUUGAUUUCCUCUAUUCUUUGCCUUUUUAAUGCAUUCAGAGCGAAUAAUACAGAAGUAAUUAGAGACAUUAUAUGUAGCACUUGUACAGAGGAAACUGUGGAAAUGAUAGCUUAUGGUGCUGGGGUUUGACAGCGAAACUACGUCAGCCAAAAUUUACCCUUCAAAUUAGACCAAUACCCUGAAACAACCUCUGGGCUGAUCAAACGUCAGGACACGACUAACUCACUGACUCACUAACUCACUGUAUUGGAAAUUAGCUGCAAAUUCUUAAUAUCAUAAUAUAUAAAAAAUUCACCCUUUAGAUGAUUGAAUGUCACUUAAAUAUUCGUAAAAAUGGCCUUGGCUCCGUGGUUCAACUUAAACACAUCCAUUUAUAUAAUAAAAAUACUAUAUUUUUUGAAAA